AUUUGGACGAUCCAAAUAGCAGUUCAGCUUUAAUCAUUGACUGAGUCCCCCAUGGAACGUUGAGGAAGAUCGUCAGGGAGCUCUUGAGCUCAUACCUGGACCCGGAUCAGCAUGUCUUCCAGUCAGCCUGGGAGGUCGAGUGACCCUAUACACUCUCUGCCUUCCCAAGGAGAUGGUAUCCAUGCUGGAGGAUCAUCGUCCACACCACAGGUCACUCACCAGCCUUCUCCUGGUAUAACGGCUUUGGAGACGCACAAGAUUCCUCAUAUUCUUCAUCGUCGAUUCAUUGGACCUAUGCCGGAAGUGGCGGCUCACUCGGAUAUGGCGGUCGAGCGUCGAAGACGGUUCAGGGAGCUUCGACGAGGAGCUAUUCGGAGAUUGAAUGGAAGAGCUAAAGGUGAUGCGGAGAUGGGCUUGGUCUCGGAAAGGGAACAUGCAGAGAUCAGACGGAAGAUCUCAAGUAUCUUGCGGAGAGCGAAGGGACAGCGUAGACGUGGGACUGACGAUCUCGAUGAUACUAGCUCGGAUGAAGAUGAAGAGGAGCCAGAUACCAAGCACCGACAUGGACUUCAUCGACCUAAGAGGAGAAAAGCCAAGACGAAGCGGAAAGAUGUAUGGAUAGGAGACAGUUUUGACAUUGGGAGAGAGUUUCGUCGAGACUCAGGAUCAGAAUCCACCACGGAAGCUGGGACCUCAAGGACGACUACUUCUAGACGAGAAUCAACAAACUCAAUCCGCGAUUCCGAGGAGCCCUCCUUGGCACCUCCUCGACCGACAUUCAACUCACAGACGACUCAAGAGUCAUUCGUCACUGCAAGGACAGAGUUAAGCACAUCAUCACUAUCUUCUUCUUCUUCUUCUUCUUCUUCUUCUUCUUCUUCUUCUUCUUCUUCUUCGACACCGCUGCCGACUGGAAACCUCGUAUCUCGGUUGAAAACGGAUGAACCUGUGGACAUGCUCCGUUCGACUGCCGACCAUGUCCCCAAUGGCAGUCUUAAUUCUGUUCCGACGCAGAGUGAUCCCGACCUCUCAAAGCGCGUCUCGGGCUCGUCUUCUACGUAUCCACUCGUCGGCAGCCCCUUCCAGCAGACGAGAUCCCUUUCGUCACCGAGAUCGCUCAAGGGAAAGGAGAAAGCUUCGAUGAGCGGGAAUCCUGAACAGACCAACGGCGGACUAGGCAACAUUCUCAAGAGCGCUAUGAGAACGACAAGUCGUCAGAAUCUGCGAGGCGCUGAAAGUGCUUCAUCCAAAUCGACUCGUUUCUUAUCCUUCGACGAUAAUGAGAGCUACGUCUCCGCUCCAGACACCUUGAAGGCCAAAGGUCAAUCCGGGCCAAAAAGUGUACAAUUUCCUGUCAAUCACGCUCGUCACUUUUCGGAAGGUGAACGCAAAGGUCCGACUCGAAGGGGCAAUCAGAAGCCUGCAGACCCUACCAAGGUCCUCAUGCGGCAUGGCGAGGGCGCAGAAGGGACCAGCGCGGGAGCAGUGGAAGAGGCUCUGGGCAGUGCAGGAAUGGGAUCCUCGACCAAGUCAGAACACACAGGUCGAGCGGAAGCGCACAGUUCGGAGGAGAGUGAUGAUGAUGAUGAGGGCCUAAUCCCUGGUCAAGUCAUUAUGCAGGAUCGCAUGCUGGUCAAAGUCGGAUAUCACAGAGAUGAAGGACUGGCUCGAUUUACCGAGUCUAGUCAAAGGCGCAGUCCGUGCUCUCGCAUGGAGCCUUUCGAGGAGUAUCUCGUAGCGUGGCGAAAAGGACGAGUGGAGCUCUACCAGGAUUACAGCAACCCGAUACAAGCUCGGCUCAGUGGACACUCCAAGCGACUCUGCUUCAUCGUCCCACUCCUACCCAACCGUACCAGUCUGAGUGUCUUCAACGAAACAGACUUGACCAUCUGCCUCGCCACGUCCGCUGGAAAACUGGAAGCAGACCUUGAGCACAAUCUGAGGUCCUACAGUACCCGAGCUCGAUCUUCGACGUACAAGAACCGCGUCAAACAGUCAAAACAGGCACAUUGGCUCCGUAGUGGUAAACGGGGUACUCACCUGUUUAUCAUGAAACUGACACAUCGAUCUCGAGCGCUCGAUUGGUUUUGGGAGAUCUGGAGAGAGUUAGGUGGAGAACUCCCGCCAAGGUUUGAUAUUGCCAUUCCGUCCUUUCAAACAUCGGUUCGCGUGGCUAUACCGACAAGCGAAGACGAUGAUAUGGUGGGAAGCAAGCGGGUCAGAGAGGCUCUCAGUCCAGACAGUACGAUACACCAAUGUGUGGACAUGGCCAAGGAUGCCUUGCACCUUGAUAGUCUGUUGGAGGAACAAAGACUGCAGGGACAAGAGGAUCACACGCGGCUGGAGCUGGUCUGGAGAUCGACUGAUGGAGCCCUGGAAUGGAUACGUGAGCGGACAACCUUGCUGGGUCAUAAACGAGAUUGGUCAGUCUUGGCAGGUCUAGCAUUAUCUGGGGUGGAAAUGAACCCUCGCCAGCUCCAGAUCCGUCAAGCUAGACAUCAGUAUCAAACGCUUCGUUUGGAGGACGGGACUGUCCUAGAGGAGCCUCCAGGUGUGGAAGGUUAUCUCACACGGGCCAGGAAUGGCAAGGCGAGUCGAGCCGACAUCUACAUCACGACUCACGACGGCCAGGUAAUCGUCUCCAAGCCAUCUUCGAGUUCCGCUCCCCUUCGCCCAGGCCCAGAAUCCUCAACACCGCUUGACCUAUUUCACGAUGUUUACGGCGAGUUUCACGCAUCUGAACAGGCUCGUCUAGCGCAUAUCGUGGAGAGUUCAGAAGGAUGUAUCGACUUCAGAUCCAUCAAGACGGUUCGACUGUUGGAAGAGGCAGACUCUGAGGUUGACUUGUCAUCCCGGAGCCGACAUGCGGACGGAGAUACUCAAGCCUUGUCAACUACGGCCUCAAACAUGCACGAAUGUCGACGACAGAGAAGCUUUGAAGUCGUUGUGGAUAGAGGUGGAGAGAUCGUCCUCGAAGCGAGGACUCGUCAAAAUGCAAAGGAAUGGGUUGAGAGGUUGAAUGAUCUCAAGGAAUUUUGGAAGAGACGCCAGCGAGUCGACGCCAGACUGCGUAUGGACGUCGUCAAACUACAAUCUGCGAAUGCGAUCGAAGCUCUGUUGUCAAAUAACUCGGAUCAUCGGCUAGGGGAUAUUUGGAGCUGGUGUAUUUUGGAUGGGUGUCGCUCUGUCACGCUGUCCGGAAGGGUCUUCAUGAAGAAAGGGAGGUUGGAAAAGUUCAGGGCCAAGUUUCUCGUGCUAUGUGGUGGAGGCUUGGUCACGUUUAAAGUGAAGAGCAAGAUCGCCUUUCAAACGAGAAAGAGGCACUAUACUUUGUUCGGAGCAUACGUCUACUCUGGUCUGCUUGCGCUCGACGAAUUGCGCGAGGAUAACUCGGAGACCCUGAGUGGAGGUCGUGCGAGGGUAUAUCAGGAUGGACUCCAGACUUCUGACGCGGUGGAAGACACGACGUUCUGUGUCCGAUUAGCUUACCCACGCACUAUCACAUGGACGAAAGACGUAGAUCCAUGGGCGACCGAGAUCGUCAAGGAUGAAUCGAGAUCUAGAUCGUUUGAACCGCCUAAACUCAGUACAAAACCUCCUGGGAUGCUCGUCUUUCGAGCGAGAUCAAAGGUGAGUGGAGGGGGUUUUGCGGCAAGCACAGCGCUGCAUAUCCGGAGGCUUCAUUGGGCGGCGGCGAGGUUCAGAUAUUGAUGACUUUUGUUGCCUGCCCUAUUUCUAGCUCGAGAGAGAUCGGUGGGUUUGGGCUAUAAACGCUGAGAUGGAAAGACAUACGAGAUCUCGACCAGAGUAUGAACGUGCCAUGCGAGGAGUCGGAUGUUUAACGUGAGGAGAACGUUUAAGAGCUGGCAGUGUGAAGUCUAGGUACGCAAGGGAGCUUUUGGGUCACAGCGGUAGUUUAAUAAAAGCAGCAAGUGUGCUGUGUGUAUCAUGACAGUUGUACGGAAGGGUCCAAAUCAUGAUGACACGUUAAUGCAUUUGAGCAAACAGAC